AUGGCACGAGUUGCUGCAGCAAAAGAGAGCAUCGAAAAGGCUCUGAAGGAUGAAAGUAAACCGUGGGCUAAAUUAUUUUCAAUGGCAGAGGCCAAAACUGGCAUUGAUCGGCUUUACAUAUUUCUGGGGUUAGUAGGAUUUUUAGCUCUAUACCUAGUAAUUGGAGUCGGACAGCAGCUAGUUUGUAACAUUAUUGGCUUUGUGUAUCCUGCCUAUUGUUCUAUGAAGGCACUUGAAUCUCGAAGUAAAGAGGAUGACACCAAGUGGUUGACCUAUUGGGUUGUCUUUGCUGUAUUUACCAUUAUUGAAUUUUUCUCCGAGUACAUCGUGUGCUGGUUUCCGGUGUAUUGGCUUUUUAAGUGCAUUUUUUACAUUUGGUUGAUGGUUCCACUUGAAUACAAUGGCUCCAUUGUUCUCUAUCAUCGUUUUAUUAGACCAAAAUUCAUCAAGUAUCAGCCGGAUGUUGACAAUCUCAUAUCAAAGACUCGUGAUACUGUCGCAAAAGCUACAUCUGACGUAAUACGAGACUCUUUCAAAAAGGAAUGA